AUGUUUAACCCCAAAACCGAACAACAUCAGUGCAAAAUGGUGGUUGGAGAGUUCGCAGGUGGUGGUUUGAGAGGAGUGAAGAGCUUGAGCUACCAUGUUAUCACCGGGCGUUGGUUCAUGUUCUAUGCAUCUUUGCUCAUCAUGGCUGCUGCGGGGGCAGUUUAUAUUUUUGGCAUGUACUCUAACGAGGUCAAAACCUCUUUGGGGUAUGACCAAACCACUCUCAACUUGCUCAGCUUCUUCAAAGACAUGGGUGCCACAGUUGGAAUCAUAUCUGGUUUGAUCAACGAGGUAACACCACCCUGGGUGGUACUCUCAAUUGGGGUCCUUAUGAACUUCUUUGGCUACUUCAUGAUAUGGCUUGCAGUCUCUGGCCGCAUUGCCAAACCACAGGUUUGGCAAAUGUGUCUCUACAUUUGCAUUGGUGCAAAUUCUCAAACCUUUGCUAACACUGGUGCUUUAGUCACAUGUGUCAAGAACUUCCCAGGAAGCCGUGGCAGUGUUUUAGGCCUACUCAAAGGUUACCUUGGGCUAAGUGGUGCCAUCAUGGCUCAGUUCUACCAUGCUUUCUAUGGUGAUCACAACCCUCAAGCUCUUAUCUUACUCAUUGCGUGGCUUCCUGCUACUGUUUCCUUCAUUUUCCUCCCAACAAUUCGGAUAUUCGCCAACACAGUUCACCAACCCAACGAGAACAAGGUUUUCUACUUCCUUCUAUAUAUUUCACUUGCCUUUGCAGGGUUUCUCAUGGCUUUGAUCAUAUUGCAAAACAAGCUCACUUUUACAAGGCCCGAAUUCGUAGCCGAUGGGGUUGUGGUUUUUUCCCUUCUUCUUCUCCCACUUGUUGUGGUAUUUCGAGAGGAAAUAAACCAAUUGAAAGCCGAAACGCAAGGUUUGACCGAUUCAACACCCCAGUUGAAAGUAGUCACUGAAAAUUUUCCACCUCCAAAAGUAGAGCAAGAAGUACCAGCAACCACAAGUUCGCACGAGAAAAGUUCUUGUUUCAGGAACAUACUCAACCCCCCAAAGAGGGGAGAAGACUACACCAUUUUGCAAGCACUUUUCAAUAUUGACAUGCUGAUUCUGUUCAUUGCAACAAUAUUUGGUGCUGGCGGAGCAUUAACAGCCAUAGACAAUCUAGGACAGAUUGGACGCUCAUUGGGAUACCCCAGGAAGAGCAUCACAACAUGCGUGUCCUUAUUGAGCAUAUGGAACUACUUGGGACGGGUAGUUGCAGGUUUUGCUUCUGAAAUAUUGUUGACCAAAUACAAAGUCCCUCGUCCCUUCAUGCUCACUCUAGUUAUGCUUCUCUCUUGUAUUGGCCAUAUUCUGAUAGCCCUUGGUGCCCCAAACUCCCUCUACUUGGCUUCCGUGAUUAUAGGGUUCUGUUUGGGAGCUGAGUGGCCGCUAAUGUUUGCGAUCAUAUCAGAAAUAUUUGGCCUUAAACGUUACUCCACGUUGUAUAACUUUGGAGCCGUGGCAAGCCCUGUUGGGUCUUACAUUCUGAACGUGAGAGUGACAGGUGUUCUGUAUGAUAAAGAGGCUUUGAGACAGUUGAAGUCCAAAGGAGUCUCGAGACAAGCGGGGAAGGAGCUUGACUGCGUUGGAGUACAGUGUUACAGAAUGGCGUUUAUCAUAAUCACGGUUGCGACGCUGUUUGCAUGCUUUGUUUCGUUUGUUUUGGUGCUGAGGACUAGAAAAUUUUACAAAGGGGAUAUCUAUAGAAAGUUCAGAGUGGAACUUGUAACCGAGGAGAACGAAAUCGGGAUCACCAAAACUGGUAACAGUGGCUUCGGAGAACAAGAUAAGGAGAAUAAAGAAUGA